AUGACAGAGUCACAGUAUGGAUUCGUUAAGCAACGUUCAUGCCUAACAAACCUGUUUUGCUUUUUGGAGGAUGUUACUGCAAAGAUAGAUGAGGGUAAGACCGUAGAGGUUUGCUACCUGGACUUCAACAAGGCUAUUCAUUCAAUGAAUCAUCGCGUGUUGUUGACCAAAUUAGAACGAUUUGGAAUCCAAGGACAGUUGCACAGGUGGAUAAGUGCGUUUCUCUCACAACGACCAUUCUAUGUGACAGCUGGUAAGAAAAGGCCAACACCAGUUCAGCUGACUAGCAAAGCUCCACAAGGCUCAGUACAAGGACCGCUUUUAUUUUUUCUCUACGUGGACGACUUUCCAAGCACUUUGACAUCAUCAUGCUACAUUUUUGCAGAUGACGUCAAAGUGAUUGGUUUGAAUGGGAGAAGUGAUCUGAAGCGGGAUUUGGAGCAAGUAGAUAGAUGGGCAAAGGAAUGGGAUCUCAGUCCUAACGCAACGAAGAGUCAUGUGCUCACAGGGGCAUUUGAAAGACUGGAAGUUCACUCGGAACAGUACCAGUUCGCUAUCGGACCCGCUACUAGGGUUAAGGAUUUGGGAGUAGUGCUAUUGAGUGCUAUCACCCUUAUUUAA